ACUCGGCCGGCCUGAAACCCAAGAAGUGAAAGGGACGAGGAGCCCGCACCGCCAACUUCGCGGUGCUCAUUGCCAUCGGCCAUGCUUUCAGCUUAGAAUAUGCUGGAACGCAGCCACAGCAGGCACCCCUCUGGCAGCUGGGAAGCAAAGCCUUGUCUGAAAAUGGAGAGAUAGGGCCGGUUCCUGUAGGAGUGCCUGAGGAAGUUCUCACCCGCCGUGGACAGACCUGCCCUCUCCUGAUCCAGCUCAUGCCCUUAUAGCCGACCAGAUGGAUCGGAACAGAGAUGUGGAGAUGGAGCUGCGGCGUGGCCCCGAACUGGAUGGGGACAAGACGGUGUGCCACAGCUGCUGCAUCUGCGGCAAGAGCUUCCCCUUCCAGAGCUCCCUGUCGCAGCACAUGCGCAAGCACACUGGGGAAAAGCCAUACAAGUGCCCCUACUGUGACCACAGGGCCUCCCAGAAGGGCAACCUCAAGAUUCACAUUCGGAGCCACCGGACGGGGACCCUGGUGCAGGGACACGAGCCAGAGGUGAGCGAGGCCCCACUAGGUGAGCUGCGGGUGUCUGAGGGCCUGGACGGCUGCACCAGCCCCACGAAGAGCACCUCUGCCUGUAACAAGAUCCUGAACGGGGCCUCGCCGGGGGACGGCGGCAAGAUCCUGCUGAGGAGCAGCCGCAAGGAAGCGGACGCGGCUGGGGGUGGCGGCGAGGAAGGCCCGGCCUGCACUGUGGUCUCCCAGUGCCCCUUCUGCAAGAGCGCCUUCGAGCGCAAGCGGGGCCUGGAGCAGCACCUGCAGCAGGCCCACAAGCCCUUCAAGUGCCGGCUCUGCAGCUACAUGACUUUGCGCGAGGAGUCGCUGUUGAGCCACAUCGAGAAGGACCACAUUACUGCGCAGGUGCCUAACGGUGGGAGCGCCGAGGCGGCUGUGGAGAACGGCAGGAGCGAGCUGCCGGCCGGGGAGUUCCCAUGCGAGGUGUGCGGCCAGGCCUUUAGCCAGACCUGGUUCCUGAAGGCGCACAUGAAGAAGCACCGCGGCUCCUUUGACCAUGGCUGCCACAUCUGCGGCCGUCGUUUCAAGGAACCCUGGUUCCUCAAGAACCACAUGAAGGCACAUGGCCCCAAAGCAGCUAGCAAGAAUAGGCCGCGGAGCGAGCUGGACCCCAUCGCUACCAUCAACAACGUGGUGCAGGAGGAGACCAUCGUCACCGGCCUGUCCCUCUACGAGGUUUGCACCAAGUGCGGGAACCUGUUUACAAACCUGGACAGCUUGAGCGUGCACAACGCGGUACACCGGCGCGCGGAGGCGGGGCGCACCCAGAGCACGGAGCCAGGUCCCACGGACGCGCAGCAGCGUUUCCUUCAGUGCCUAAGCCUGCGGCCCGCGGGCCGGGGCGACGCGCGGGGCGGCACAGCCGGACGCAGGGUGGCCGAACUGGACCCAGUCAGCAGCUACCAGGCCUGGCAGCUGGCCACGCGCGGCAAGGUGGCUGAGCCGGCAGAGUACCUCAAGUACGGCGCCUGGGACGAGGCCGCAGGCGGCGCGGACGUGGCCGUGGAGCGUGCGCGCCGCGAGUUCGUUUUGGUCAGCUCUGACAAGCGCAAGCGCGAGCCCGCGGCUCCUGCUGCGCCCGGCCACCCGCGGAAGAGGGCCGACGACUCCACGGGCUCUGGCCUGGCCGACGAGGCCGCCGACGACAGCGGCGAGGAGGGUGCGCCCGAGCUUGCGCCAGGGGGAAAGUCUUACCACUGCGGCUCUCCCGAGGAAGCAGCGCCGGCUGUGCUCGCCAGCGGAGGCCAGAGCCACGCGUUUGGGGAUAACAUGCCAGGAAAAGGCACCAGCGCGUCCAAAACGGGGAUCCCAGCUCCGGUCAGCUUACUUGAAAACAAUACCAGAGAUACUUCUAGAAGACCAGAAUCGCACAGAUUCUCCCUCAACCUGAAAAUGCCAGCAUUUCACCCCAAGCCCGAGGGGCUGGGUGACGCCGCAGGGCGCCCUGCCAGCGCGGAGUGUCCGGGCGUUGCGGACCCGACACUCCCCCUGGAUAGGCCAGUGCGGCCCCCCCAGGAGAAGCCCCCCUCGGACUCGCUCGGCAGGGAGCCCCUGGGGGGCGGGCCGUGGGCCCCAGAGCUGGCACCGCUGGACCUGAGUGCGCGGUCCUCGCGGGGCGCGGGUGGUAGGGAAGCGGCGUGCGUGCUGCAGGCAGCGCUGCCUGUGCAUCCCUGUCCAUACUGCAGCCACCGGACCUACUACCCCGAGGUUCUCUGGAUGCACAAGCGCAUCUGGCACCGCGUCAGCGGCAGCGCCGUGGCGCCCCCUUGGGUGCAGCCUAACGGCUACAAGAGCAUCAAGAACCACCUGGUGUUCCUAGCACGCAGCGGGCGCACUGGUCCCCCACCCGCGCUGGGCGGCAAGGAGUGCCAGCCGCUGCCCAUCGCCCGCUUUGCUCGCACUCAGGUGCCGGGCGGGGGGCCGGCCCCCAGGGGUAGUUCCUCACCGCUGUUGGGCGUGGCCACGAAGGCCACCGGUCCGCCCCGGGGCAAGGAGGGGGCCUCAGGGAGUCCCUGUGAGCAGUGGGCAUCCAGCCCCGAAGGGCACCGCCAGGCCCGGCCCGGCCUCGCCCCUGGGCAGAGUGUGCCUGUGGCCUCCGCAGCGCAGCCCAGGCCCAAGCUGGAGCCCAGCACCCAGCCCACCCCUGGCGGCGGCACCUUCAGCAGAAAUGCCACCCCUACGCCAUCCGUCAUUGCCCGUGCCGGCCCCCCGGCCCCCAGCAAGCCGGGUGAGAAGCAAGCGGUGCCUCCCAUGGGGCCCGGCCCGGCCCCGCCGCCCAAGCACAGUGCCCCGGACUCCACGAAAGCCAAAUUCAGCCCCCCGCCACCGUGCCAGCCUCCUGGGAAAGGCGAUGGGGCACCCCCUCUACCUCCCCGCGAGCCCCUCUCCAAAGCUGCCCCUGAGCCCAGGACACUGGGCGGCGUUGGCGCGGUGGCCAGGGGCAGCGCAGCUGUGCAGGCCCAGCCCUCGGCGGCUGGCGCGCCCCCUGAGCUACGCUCGGUCAAGCAGGAGCCAGCCGCCGAGGGCCACGAGAAGCGCCUGGACAUCCUCAGCAUCUUCAAGACGUACAUUCCAAAGGACCUCGCCACCCUCUAUCAGAGCUGGGGCGCCAACGGGCCUGGGCCCAGGGGGACGCUCCGGACGCCGGCCCGCCAGGGAGACCUCGUGUGCGCAGAGUGUGGGAAGUGCUUCACCCAGCCCAGCCACCUCAGGGCCCACACACGGGCGCAUGCAGUGCUGUUUGAGUCUAAUGGACUCCGAGCUACUGAAGUUCACACCACCUCUGCCGAUGCCCCCAAACAAGUAGGUGUCCCUGGGAAUGGGCGUUUGGGUUUGAACUUGGUAGCUGGGAGGAGUGGUGGCUGGUUCUCAUCGCUAGAGCACCAAAUGUGUUUACUUGAUGUGAAAAUGAUUUCACCUCACUUUGGUGGAGAGCCCCUCCAUGAGGACUGUCUGUAGAUGAUAGUUCUACCAGGAUGGUCGUUUUAGCUGCUAAUCAUGACGUUAAGACACACACAGCUGCCUGUCGCUGGGCUGGGGUGAGAUCCUUGGUAGAGACUGCUGGGGACUUGAAAACCCUAGAAAUUCAGACUUUUUACCCCAAGAUGUUUUCAGAUAUGUUUCCCUUUGCAGGGAAUUGUUUCUCCAAAUCAAAAGAGAAGGACUUAUGUUAAGCUUCCUUUCUUAAGAACGUUGUUUUUACACGAUUCCUGGGAAAAAUUCGGCUUAGUGCAGUGGUCCCGGCUGGCUGUGUGGGUGUCCUGAUGUGGCUCUCUGCUGUGCUCAUGCUGCUGGUGGGCCCUGAUGUGUGAAGGUGAUGUGUGUGUAGGCAGGUAUCACGCGCAUUCCCGUGCCAGGAUGGCUGUGACACACCAUUCAGUGUGCACACACGAUGUGGUGGCGCCUCGGGAGGGAUUCAAUGUUGCUCAGUCGUGGUGGUCUCGUCCAGGCCCUGUGCUUUCCAGGCUCUCCCUUCCUGUCCCUCUCCUGGGAUGUCACAUCCAUUGCCCAGUUCUCACACAGGCACACUCCACUUAAUGUUCUCUCUUUCUAAUCUAUUGUCUCAGAAGGUUCUGUAACUGCAUACUCUUCCCUUUGUAAACGAAGGAAGAGUUCCUUUGCUACC